AUGGUUCGAGGUCAUAAUUUAUCUAUUGAUACAGUUGCUGCUUCACGUGGACAAAGAACUACAUCAAAAUCCUCCCGCAUCGACGAUGAUGACUAUUUGACUUCUUCACCUUCAAUUAUUGAAGAAGAAAUUGACUUUUCUCUAGUUUAUGCUUUACAUUCCUUUCAAGCAACGGUCGAAGGUCAAGCUACCGUUGUGAAAGGUGACUCAUUAAGUUUGUUAGAUGACUCAAAUAGUUAUUGGUGGCUAGUUAAGGUUUUGCCAAGUGAUGAAAUUGGAUAUAUACCUGCUGAAACUAUUGAAACACCAUACGAAAGACUAGCAAGAUUAAAUAAACAUCGAAAUAUUAGUUUAACAUCCGCACACAGCAUUAUUGAAUCAGAUAACUCGCUUCCUAAACAAAUUCCAACAGAUCAACAUGAGAAAAUAGACGAUGAUGUACAAUUAGUAAAUGAACCGGAAGAAAUAAAAUAUGCUGAUAAGCAAGUAAUAAAUCCUGAAAGUGAUCAUUCUCAGUCAAAUUUGGAAAGUGAAAUCGUUGAAUUAAAUGUUAAAAGAACGGAUGAUCAACAAUAUGAACAAGAAAUAAAUCAGCAGCAUAGACAAGAGAAUAGCCAACAAUAUAGGCAAGAGAAUAAACAACAAUAUAGCCAAGAGAAGAAUCAACAAUAUAGGCACCAAUCACAACAAAGCGAUGAUAUAAGACAGUCAUCACAACGAUCGCAAUCAUACCAAACGAAAAAGCAAACUGGACAAUUAGAAAAUAAUUCGACAUACGAUAAAUCUGCACAUAAAAUACAAGAUGUUAUAAAUAAUAAAAAUGAAACCAUUAAAAUGUCACUGACUCCAGCUUUAGGUAGUGAUUUCAUUGAUUUCUCGGAUGAAGAAGAUGAAGAAAAUAAAAUGAAGACAAGACCUGGUGGAUCUUUCGAGCAAACGGGUAGUAAUAGUGAGCCUACAAAAGUUAAUAUAACUUCAAGUGAACCUAUUAAAAAUGUGGAAGUAUCAGAUGAUAAAAAAUCUGGAAAACCGAAGAAAGAAGAGAAAAAGAAAGAGAGUGGCGGUAUAUUCAGAAACCUCUUUAAAAGGAAAUCAAAGAAAAAAGAGGAAGAACCUGUAAAACAAGUUUCUUCCGCGCCAUCCCCGCAAAAUAAUUCCAAAGUUCAACGUCCUGGCCCCUUGACAAAUCAGCAACAACAAUCUCCGCAACUUGGUUCCUCACCAAAUCGAUCAUCUCCACAGAUUGGAUCUAUAACAAAUCGGCCACAAGUUGGUUCUUUACCAAAUCAAAGUCAAGGCCAACAGCAAUCACAAAGAAAUCAGAACCCACAACAUCAGAUCGACCCUCGAUCACGAAAUCAAUUUCAAAACCAAAAUCAAUCUCAAAAUCAAUCUCAGUUACAACCUCAGCUACAACCUCAGCUACAACCUCAAUUACAACCUCAGUUACAACCUCAAUUACAACAACGACAAUCUCAACCAUCUUCAAAUCCACAACAAUCCCAAGCACAACGUGCAUCAAACAGAGAACAUCCAAAAGUUCAACAAGUAUCUAUUAAUGAGCCUCCAAUUCAAGUAAUUCAACGUGAUUCUGGUCCAAUUCAACAAGAGAUCUUACAAGCUCCUGCACAAGAUGCAGUUAAAUCAAUAAAAUUAAAAAAUUCUCCAUCUCCCAUAAGAGUUGUUCAACAUACUCCAUCUGAGAGAUCAAUUACUCCUUUGACCCCUCUUACUCCUUUUUACAAUGUAAUUCGAAUAUUUGCUGGUCAAAAUAUCUCAUCAAAUGAAGAAUCAAAACUAUUUUUAUUAAGUCCAACUACAAUCAGCUCUACACUCAUUAAGCAAGCAUUGCACCGAUUCAAAUUAGAUGAUGUAGAAGAGUGGGAAAAUUAUUAUAUAACGAUCAAAGAAGCUGAUAGAGACCAAAUUCAUUUAAUGCCUGACGAUUCCCCACUUGAAGCCUUUCAUUCAUUGACAUCUCAUAACCCUGUCACAUUACCUUCGAUCAGGAGGAAUUCUAUUGAAUCUAUUUCUUCAACGACUUCAAGUUUAUCUGAUAUCGAUGAGAUCAAAAAAUUAGGAUUACAGUAUGAAAAAGGUGCUAUUACUUUCUUUUUAAAUAGACGUUCAAAAAGAAACAGUCGAUCUUCAGGAGAAAGAAAAUUACGUGUACGGGUAUUGGUUUAUAAUGACGAUUUACCCAUUCCUUUAAGGAGCAACAAGCCACAUGUACCAAGAACUUCUAUGUCUGUUCCUAAACAUCUUGCAGAAAAGGCUGCAAGACGACGCUCAAGAGAGGAAGGUAAACCUAAAGAGAAGAUUGUUGUAGUUUCUGGACUUGCAACUGUUAGGCAAGUUAUAGAAAAAGCUAUGGAAAAAUUUGAAAUUAUUGAUGGAAUUGUUGAUGAUGGUAAAAGUUUAUCGGAUAAUGAUGAAAAACCACGAUAUCAAUUAAUGGUUAUUGUUGACGGAGAAGUUUCGGUUUAUCCAACGGCACCAAAGCUUCAUCAUAUAUCAGUAGAUUCUAUAGACUCAUCAUCAUCUUUGGUAUUGGACUAUCGACCAGACGAACCAAUGUUCGUUCUAAGACUUUUGCGACCUGAGGAUCUUCAAGCACGUGCAAUGCCUGUGGUUUCUAAUAUUGAUUACAAAAGUCGAACACAUUCACGUAAUUUGAAUAAACAAGACGAACAGAAAACUAAUGAUGAUAUAGUAAAUACACGUAAACAGCUUAUCGAACAGCAACGAGAAUAUAGCCGUGAAAAGCAAAAAUCUAUUCUUUCUGCACGUAAAAAUACAUCACAGGGUAUUGAUAUUGUUACGAAAACUGGUGCAAUUCGAAGUUCUCGAAUUUUUGGCAACAAAGUUCGAUAUUCUUUUAUUCCAACAAAAGGAAAAGAAUUUGACAUUAGUGAUCUUAUUGAAGAUAUUUGGGGUGAUGAUGAUGAAACGUUAACUUCAGAUGAACAUAGUGACUCAUCCCUCAAUGAUCCUUACAAUGACAGACAAAACAAUAAGAAAAAGGAAUUUCGUAAAAGCACAACACAGGAUGUAGACAUUUUAGUGAAGAUGAUAAAUCAAGCGCAUAACAAUAAUGGAAAUGUUAUAAAAUCUUUUGAGGAAAGAAUUGAACGUGUAUUGCAACAAGUUGAUCGAUAUGGUAAUGGUACGACGUCAAAUCUUGCAACUACUUUACGUGAAGCACGAGAACAAUCAUUCCAACAAAAUUCAAUUAUUAACCAUUCACAAAAAGAUGCACCAAUACUUAAUGAACGUUCUAAUAGUCUAUCAAGUAGUUGGUCUGUUCAAUCACCAACACGUUCUACCGCCACUACCGAUGAUUUUAGUAAUGAUUUUGAUGAAGAAGACAACGAUUCAGUAUCUGAAUUGUACUCUUCAAGAUUUAAAAAUUUACCAUCAUUAACAAUAGAAAGAUCACAAUCUCUAGAGUCACUUUCCCUAGUACCUCAAAAGCCUAGACAACGAUCAUUCUCUUCUGCAUCAAACAAUUCCAUAAACACUAACACUACCAUAGAUUCAAUAACACCAGGAAAUCAUCAUUCGUUAUUUAGAAAAUUAUCUACUGCUUCUUCAUUUACAGAUAGUGAUUGGAUAUUAACUGAUGACUUUGGGUUACAAGAAUUAUUAAUACUUGUCAGAUCCGGAGUAAAUAUGCUAGAAUUAAAAGAAAGGAGAAGAAGUGGAUGGCAAAUACACGAAGAUCCUGAAAAAAUACUAAAUACACUUAAACUCACGGAUAUCAGAAAUGAUAUUAAGGGCAUUUUUGAUAAUGUUAACAACGAAUUGGAUCAAUUAGAACAAGAACUCGAUAAACUUAUGGAUGAUGCUAUAAAGGCUUUCUAG